UAAAAAAUAUAAGUACCAUAAACAAUUUACUACUGUAGUUUAUUGGUUGCACGUAAUCCUUAUUUACAAUUUCUCAAAAACAUAAUUUGUGUUCGGUUCUUAGUUCACAGUUGAAGCAUACGUAAAUUAUGUAAAAGUUUUAUGUCUAGUUGAAGGCAGCGACUCGGUCGCUAUGUGAGCGUGUUAUGAGUGAAAGGUUCUGAAAUGUCGUGGGGGUAAUUUGGACAAUUUGACUGUAAUCAAUCAAAACAAUGGUUCCUGCACCGAGCUGUCCCAACACCUGGGACUACUGGACGACGUCCCCGUCCUAUAUCGUUGAUUUAACAUGUCUGCUGCCCAACUCUGUUUACAUUCCUAUUACACCAAAUUGGGACGCAACACUGCACGAUGUGAAGGAGGAGCUAUGGAUGAAAGCAGCGAGAUAUCCCUUAUUUGGGAUGCUGCACGAGAUGUCAGACUAUGUGUUCCAAUUCAUAAACUCGCUGGCUGUUCUCGAGGAGGUGAAUGACGAGAACAAACGCCUCCGGGACAUCAAACCCACCUUUGGGGUGCUCAAGAUCGUGGAACGGUCUAUGAGGCCCGGGGAACAGUUCCUUAAUAUGCAAAUAAGUCAUUUAAUUGGAAAAGGUCUAAACGAGUUCGACAACCUCCGAAGUUCAGAAGUAAAUGACUUCCGGACCCGAACCCGGUACAUAGCUGAGGAGAGUCUCGUGAAGCGCGCCAGAGCGACCCCACUAGAGAGGCUACGGUACCAAUGUCCGCCGAGAUUAGCCAAGAGUCAUAUAGUGCAUCGGACCUUGCAGAGUCAUCUUAGUAGCAACAAAUUCUAUUUGACCACCACCGUCGUUGAUAUAGAUUUCUCCACCACGACCCACGCGCCAGCGAUGUCCACGCCCAGACAGCACAUAGAAUACAUUCUACUCAGAAGGGCCAUGCGGCACACCAAUCUGGACAGGCACAAAUACGUGCUAAAAGUGGCCGGGCGCGAGGAGUACCUAUUAGGAGACCACCCGCUGAUACAGUUCCUCUAUAUACAGGAGACACUGUUGAGAGACGAAGUGCCGCAUGUGAUGAUUGUCAAUAUAGACAAGCUAUCGUUGUCGGUUGGCGACUCCCGGUACCUAGUAGAAUCAAGAGGGAGGCUAGCCUCCGAGCCUCCUACCGGCACCAUGCGGAGGAUACGUCAAGAAGAGUACCUCUCCUCAUGGAGCGUGGAACAGAACUACACGUGCACCGUGCAAAGCGUUGGGGGUCUCAACGUGGAUACCAACAAACUUGUCGAGGUGGUCUGCCAAGCCGGUAUCUUCCACGGUGGCAAGCCUAUCUGCGAGCCACAGAAGACCACAAUGGCGGCCGUUUCGAACGAGGGCGUCGCGCGCUGGGACCAAGCUCUCACCUUCCCGAUCAAAGUGCUGAACAUACCGCGCAUGGCGAGGCUGUGCUUCGUCAUAUACUCCACGUCUGAGGUCUACAAGAGUAAUAAGAGCAAGAAGGGGAAGAAGGACACCACUAAGGACGACAUAAACAAAUUAGCGUGGGCGAACACAAUGAUAUUCGACUACAAGAACCUCCUCCGGACGGACGGCGUCACGCUAUUCAUGUGGACGUACGUGGCCGACGAGACACAGGACGAGAUGCUCCUACACCCGCUGGGUACCGUCGUGUCCAAUCCCAACACGGACUCGUGCGCGGCGCUGCAAGUGCGCUUCUCAGACUACGACUGCCCCUACCAAAUAAUGUUCCCGUCGCCCGACGCAGUGAGAGAACGGGCCGAGUUCCCCGAGAACGGCUCGCCGGAGGUAGUGGCGCGGCUGGCGCGGGACCUAGACUCGCCGCUGUACAAGGACCCCCUCUACGAGAUGCACGAGCUGGAGAAGAAAGACAUCUGGGCUUCCAGAAAAUACUUCCGCGAUGCAGCACCGCAGCUCCUAUCCAAGCUGCUCGCGUGCGUGGAGUGGGGCGAGCAGGCGGACUCGGCCAGCGUGGCGCACAUGAUGGCGGAGUGGCCCAUGCUGCCGGUCGAGUCCGCGCUCGAGCUGCUCGACUACGCGUACGCCGACGCGGCCGUCAGGAGCUUCGCCGUCAAGUGCCUUGCCAAGAUCACGGACGAAGAACUCCUCCUGUACCUGUUACAACUCGUGCAAGCGUUGAAACACGAGUCGUACCUGAUGUGCGACCUGGCUCUGUUCCUCCUGCAGCGCGCCUUCAACAACAUGACCAUCGGACACUACCUAUUCUGGCAUUUAAGGUCGGAAAUGCACGUAUCAUCUGUUGCAAUACGAUUCGGAUUGGUCCUGGAAGCGUACUGCCGCGGCAGCCAAGACCACGUGGACACCUUACUACGACAGAUCAGCUGUUUGGACAAACUCAAGUGGCUAAACAACAUGGUGCGCAAGCGUAACAAAGAGAGCAUAAACAAAGCGCGGGCCGCCAUACUGUCGCUGCUGCAAGAGGACCACUGCCGCGAGACGCUCUGCAACUUCGUGUCGCCGCUCAACCCCAGCUUCGUGUGCAAAUCUGUCAGACCGGAGAAGUGCAAGGUGAUGGACAGCAAGAUGCGCCCCCUGCAGCUCGAGUUCGAGAACAUCGAGUCGUGCGGGCCGGAUAUCCGGAUCAUCCUCAAGAUCGGCGACGACCUGCGGCAGGACAUGUUCACGCUGCAGAUGCUCAGGAUCAUGGACAGUCUGUGGAAGAACGAGGGAUACGAUUUCCGAUUGAACCCCUACAACUGCAUAUCGUUGGACAACGCGGUCGGCAUGAUCGAAGUGGUGGACGAGGCGGAGACGGUCGCCAACAUACAGAAGGCGAAAGCCAAUUUCAAUGUUGCCUCCACCAUAUCCAAGGCCAAUCUGUUCCAAUGGCUGCGCGAUUACAACCAAUCAGAAUCCAGCUUCAACAAGGCGGUGGAAGAGUUCACGAUGAGCUGUGCGGGCUACUGCGUCGCCACCUACGUCAUGGGCAUCGCCGACCGCCACCCGGACAACAUCAUGGUCAAAAAGAAUGGACAGCUAUUCCACAUAGACUUCGGCCACUUCCUCGGCCACUUCAAGCAGAAGUUCGGCUUCAAGCGCGAGCGCGUGCCGUUCGUGUUGACGCACGACUUCAUCCACGUCAUCAACAAGGGCGAGCGCAGCACCGGCGUCAACGAGCCGUUGCACUUCAAGAUAUUCCGGGAACACUGUGAAACGGCCUUCAAGAUCCUUCGGCGGCACGGGCACCUGAUCCUGUCCCUGUUCUCCAUGAUGAUCUCCACGGGUCUGCCGGAGCUCAAGUCUGAGAAGGAUCUGCAGUACCUUCGAGAUACCCUCGUACUAGACUUAUCAGAAGAAAAAGCGCUCGAGCACUUCCGGCUCAAGUUCACCGAGGCCGUCAAAAACACCUGGAUGACGUCCUUCAACUGGGCCUUCCACAACUUCGACAAGAACAACUGACAGCGGCCCGGCCACCGGCGGCGGCCGCCGUCCAAGUACUCCCCGCAGACGCUGUAACCGGCGCUAGGGACUACCAAAUAAGGUUCAAUUUGCUAGGAGGAUUGAGUGCGCAUACGACCUUUUUAUACAGAGAAAAGUACCGCCAUCCGGGCGUUGAAAUUUCAACUCUGUGAGUAAAUGUAGUAGGUUCAAAUUCCCAAUAAAUGGUGCAAGGAACGCUUCAGGUGUCGCCUUGAGUGUAUUGAAACUUAUCACGGUUUUGUGUGCCGCGGCAAUAGAUCUGUGUUUCUUUAAAUCUUAUUGGUUUUUGAAGGUAAGCUAUCUAUAGCCGGAAAUGUAGAAAAUCAAUAAAGAGGUAUAGGAAGAGAUCGAGUAUGGAAUUAACAAAUUGUCUCCAGUAACCCUUUAAAAUACCCCGUUUCAAAGUACCCAUUUGUAUACUUUAUAAUAGGCUCCAUGCGUGCUCAAUCCUCCACAGUAACUAGUUAAAGAGCACAAUGCUCGCCGCAGUCAUACUUAAGUGUGAGAAAAGAGAAUAGAUAGAUAAAUAUUCAACGUUUAGGAUUCGGGCUGGUUGCGUUUUUUGCGUGUAUAGCGAAAUUGUAUGGGUGCGAGGGAAAGUAGACUUUAUUUUAAUUGUAAUUAACGUUAUAAUCGAUGGACUGGAACUGCGGCGAGCAUAUAUUUAAUAUAGUCUGUUACGAGUUUUGUUACGUUUUCGAAACGACUUCGAUUUUAUCAAGAUAUUGCAUUUUUUAAAGGCCAAGAGUGUAUGCUUGAAGUUCAUCACAAUUUCGAUAACGUAACAAAAGUAUAUUAUGUAGUUAUAGGAGCAGAGGAGCCCAAAAAUUCGCUUAAGCGAUCCAUCGAGCGUAGAAAGUUAGGCGGAGUAUUGAAGUCGAUUUGGAGUCGACUCUGCAGGUCGCGGCGGUCAAUAGGCUGUGAUAACGACGCGAGAUCAGGAGAAGGUUGAAGGGCUGUGCACACUGGACGCGUGCAGUAGACGUGCGCGUUGUGAUAUAUAGACCCUUAGAAAAGACGGCACACCGCUUGCGUAAUGUGUGCGUUUAGCAAACGCGGCCGGUGUGCUCUAGCCUAAAUUAGGUGAUGAUUGUGUUUGGAGUUAGUGUUAGUAGGUCAUGUGGCAAAUGUAGGCAAAUGCGGCGGACACCCGACACCGCGCGGUUUCUAUUUAGGUCAAAUAUCAGAUUAAACUUUAAGGUUUAGGAAUUUGGAUCGAAAUUUCGUGUUUUCGUGUAGUUUAUAAGAGUUUGUGUACUCUAGUGAAAUGUUUUCGUAAAGGGAAGGGAAGUAUGGCGAUGUACGGACCGCCGCGACCGGGCUCCUCUCGUUGUAUAUUGUUACGCCAUUAACUAUAUAAAUCAUGCAUUAUAGACGUAAUUUUUGCACCUACUAGCUUUUUUAAAUGUCCCUGACUAAUACAGGGUGACCGCACUGUUAAAACUAAAGAGACGCAAUCUUCUCAGUUGAGGCCUAGCGGUGUUCGCACCCUGUAUAUUUUCGAUGGGGAUUUAUCAUAGUUUUAGCAGUAUUAUAUCGAUCAUAAUGUAAGUAUCGAUUUAGGGUGAGAAGCUAUUUUUAAGUUUUUUAUAACUUCAGGCUACCUCAGGGUGUGGUGUACUAACGCGAACUCACUAAACACUCGCAAUAUUUCAAUUGUCUUAGUUCGCCCCCGUCACAUGUAUUAUAUUAUGGUCACUUCAGACUAAAUAACUUUAAGGGUCGGUCGCACCGAACCGUCUGUAACCGUCGAAACGUUCCCUAAAUUUUAUUGUAUUGGAAAGUUCCGUAGUUCUGUUGUGUAACGUUGAUCAGUCCGUCGAGUGUGGUUGGUGCCACUGGGCCAUAGUGAAAUGACAGAGUUUUUACUAGCUAGGCUACUAUAGUUGUUGCGAUGACAAGGAUGAAUAAAACAUGGAUUAUAGCCACACUUAACUGGCAAAUCUGAACCUUAUAUAUUUGAAAAUAAGGUCCAUCGUACAUACUUUAACCGCAAAAGACGUCAACUGGCGCGGCUACAGACCAAUAUCAACCUUCGUGCAUUGUGACAAGGUUCAUGAUUCCGCGCCGCGCACCAUACGUGUGGCGUCAACCUUGUAAGGCACACGGUCCUACUCACAGGCAAGAUAUCCUCCAGACUGAGCAUAGUAGCGCUACCCCCUCUGCUACAAAUAUGUAUACGGUAUACUCCAUUUUCGAGUCAAAGUGGGGUCUUCGCGUAACGUCCGUGUCUUUGAACGGACCAAUCACGGCACGCGACUCGCUCACCUCGUCAUCCGCACCCCAGUAUUUUUGGCAGCAUCGGUUUCAUGAAAUAAUUGCUCUAAACUCCGUCUAGAGGAUUCCUAGUCUGAUGUCCUACCUAUAGUUCUUAUUAAGUUCGAUGAAAUUUAAAUCAUGUUCGAUUGGAAUAGAGUUGCAUUUGCUUUGUUUCGUUUAUUUCAUCCAAACCAAAAUCAAGACUAUUUCUUACACUAUACGUUCUAAAGGUUUUGUUUCUUGUAUGUUGGUUUAGGAGGUGAAGAGUAUUGCUGUUACUAUUAGUGCUAUCCUUGUCGUUGCCGUUGACAGUAAACGUUUACCGUGUGUCAGAAUGUUAUAAGCGUGUGAUUCACUAUAACUGGCAUCUUAGAAUGAAAUUGAAUGAAAACAAUGUGAAUGAAUGAAUUGAUAUGAUUCACAGUUAUAGAUAUCAUUAGUUCAUUCAUUCAAGCCAGUUUAGUAUACCGAAGAUCGAAUUGUAUGAGAAAAACUAUCUUUGCUUUGUUGACGAUUAAUUGUUAUCUAAACAUAGUUUUUGGCCGCUUUGAGCUCAUAAUAGCUCUUUCGGGUUUAGUCCAGUUUUAUAGAAAAUAAUAGUCUCACGACUACGUAUUUCUCGACGCUUAUAAUUGAACGAGAUAUACCAAUAGAUACCAUCAGUGACUAUAAGAUGGUAACUUAUAAACUAAUUCAACAUAAAAAUCUUAACUGGUAGUGUGACCAGUUAGCUCAACUUAGAUCACUAAAAUAAUGAAAUUUAGCACUGAAUGGGACGCCUUAGUUUACUAAACGUCGAUUACUGAUACGAAUAUGCCUUACCGAUAUACAGUGAAACCUGGAUAAUUGGAAAAACUUCAAUAAUUGCAGACAAGUGACCGGUCUCGGCACGAAAAGACCUCUAAGAUAACAGAAAUUAUGGACUCUUUAACACAAAAUUGGCGGUCGCUUGAGAUUUCAACUAUCCAGGUUUCACUGUACUUUAGAUUUAAGUUAUUACAACACACUUAGCAAAUUAGCGUUAAUGAUCUAAUUGAUCUACGUCAGUGUAUUUAAUUGAUGGAUUCGCCGAAUAUCACAUCACGUUUGGCAAUUGUGUAUCAAUUAAUGGUUCAAAAAAGCUACCGCAUUUAUUGUGUCUUGAGGAAAAGUUUGUUUGACGAUAUAGUUGUAUUAGCUGAAAUAUUAUGACUGAUUGCCUUAUAAUGAUUUUAGGGGCUUAUUUCUAGUGAUCGGGGAUUUGGUUGCCACUUUUUUUAUCUUAUGAAAUGUUUUUAGUGGGUAAUUGUAUUUCAAAAAUAUAAACAUACAUAAUAUAUAUAGCGUAUUUGUGAAAAAUUCAAUCCAUAUUGCGGGCCUACUCCCGUAUCCAUACAACAAAAACUAUAUGAUCCCGCGGCGUGGCAACCAAAUCUUCGAUCACUACUUAUUUUAUAUUAAAUAUUAACUGUAUAGUAUUAGAAGUUUGCCAACGUAAUAAUUCUAAUAUUAUCAGGUAAUAUUUUUAUAACCGGUCUCUAGAAAUUUAUUAAAACUAAAAAUGGGUCGACUGCAAAAAAUAAUUCACUGUUUUCAUGUGUUCAUUGUUCAAUGUCAUUGCUAAUUCUGAACCGUACGAUAAAAGACAGUAGACGCAUUCAAUAUUACCUCAAUUUAAUGAUAACAUAUCAAUCAGCGUUUUUAGAUUAGAUGGUCAAUGCACUUGUUUGCCGACAUCCUAUUGCCGUCAAACAGCGGUAAAUGUCACAAUUAAGAGUGUUCUUAUUUUUGAACGCCAUAUACAGCUAGCAUAUGGUACACGUCGAACGUUUUUUUAACCCCUGGAGUUCAGCCGAAAUUUGCUAGCCAAGAAACUACCUUGAGGUUUAUAAUUUAUAAUUGAAUUUUGAAUGUCAUCUCGUCGCGAUAUAUCGCGCCCGCUGAACUCGACGGCUUAAGAAAGCAAAUUAAACAUUAGUCCAAAAAAAAUAGUGUUGGUAAUUUGGAAAAUAUAAACUUAGAUAAUUAUAGUUUUCGACGGCGUACCAAUAGAUGCCAAUGGCGUUCUAUAGUCUAAUUCGGUGUUCAUGAUAACCUCAAUUAUUCUAUACAGCACAGUAUAAUAAUGUAUUAAUAAUUUCAAUCGAAUUCACUAAAUUAUGAAAAUAAUUUGCAGUGACUAAUAAAUUAAUAAUGUUAUAUUUGAUAUGUUUAUGGGUUGUUUGCGGUAAAGCCGCCGCUAUAGACACCGCCUGGCGUCUAAAGGAACGCGUAAUGAGACCGUUGCGGUUGUGGUUUCACUAGAUCAGUACACCUUACGGUACCGAAUGUGGAGUACCUACCGAUCAUAAAAUCUUUCAGACUUGCGCUUUUUUGCGUGCGACAUGAUAAAACAGAAAUUAAAUUUUAAAUUUCCAUGGGUUUUGUGAUAGAGUUGACGCGCUCGUGACCUCUCAUCGCCGCAUUAGAUCGACAACCAACAUCAUAAGCACGCAAAAUUAGCACACUUGCCAAAUGUUGAUACGCGCAAAUAACGCCAGUCUGAAAGGCUUUUAGCCGGCAUUUCGGGAUGCACUUACGAUUUUAGUCCUCAAGUUACAUACAAUUAAGCUCAAAAUAUCUACCAUAGCGUAGUAGUCCAUUGAACUGCCAUUUAGCAUCGCAUAGUCUGAGAGCAUUCACGUAGAAAUAAUAGUAGCAGUAAGUUGGUCCUCUGACUAAACAAAUUGUCGCGUUAAGAAUACCGGACAUAUCUGUAUUUGAAAAUUCGAUCAAUUGUGUACCUUAUCGUUUGACACCCAAGAUAUAUAAUUGAGUGACUUUUCAGACAUAGAUACGCCAGAUAUGCUUAUCGCGGCAAGCACAUUAUAAACUGACACUGACUACAAUAAUUAUACGAAUAUGUUAUAAUAUUAACGUUUACAUAUUUUUGAGUGGCAUCUUAGCGAGUUACAUUUUAUUCCUAGCAUAGUUAGAUUGUGAGAGUUUGCUCUGCAUAAUAUACCAAGUAUUGACACUGAAACAUCACAGUUUACUUGUCACGACUAGCCGAGUACGUAUUCAAAGAAUAUAGGAUAAAAUAUAAUAGAAUUUAUAGCAUGUACGAAUGACUAAGACUUGAAUUUUGUAAUUUGAAACAUGAUAUGUAUUUGAAUCGAUCACAAUUGUGUUACCGGUUUAUUCGUGAAUGUAAACUAUCUUGUUAGAAUAGAAAUCAAGUCAGACGAAGCCACCGCGUACUUCCGUAAUACCAUUACCUUCCGUAUCUUACAAUAGAAGAGCAUUCAUGCUAUAUUUUAUAAUUGAUAUUUAACUCUCGAUACGCCACCGUAAGCCUAUUUACCGCUAAUAAAUAAAUAAGCAAUAAUUAUAGUGAGAUGAACAAAAACUCCAAUUCGAACUAGCCUACUCGCCAGAUAUAGACACUAAACAAUAGUAUUAGAUUAGACUAUACAUACCAUAGUAUCUACACCCAAUUACAUAUAAUACAUUAAUAAAUAAUUCCAUGAAUUUAUAGUAUAAUCUUUAUAACGAAUAAUGCACGUCUUGAGAUUAUUGGAUAGCGGCAGUCAUAUAGUUACAAUAGCUUAGACGGUCCCGAAUCGUAUCACCGUCGGUUUAGCCAUAUGCCUAGAUAUUACCAGACUCAUAGACUAAAAUAUAACCCGGAAUGCUUCCUAUGUAGUGCUAAAUAUCUCAUACGUUUACCUAUAGUUUUAAUACGAUUACAGAAAUGAGUUUCGUUUGUGCAAUGUAAAUAAUACCGUUAUUUUAUUUAUAAAUAUGAUUAAGCAUGAUCGAGAUAGCUUUCGUUUAUGGGUUAUUGUGAAACAUGGCGGCGGAGCGGGGAAGGCGCAGUAAUCUAACAAAUUAUCUACGGUGCCGAUUCAGAAUUCAAAAUAGUACUGAAUAAUUAUUGUAGCGAAAUAUACAGGGUUUAAAAUUCAGUCGAGACUAAUUAUACUCUAUGGUUUUAAGUUUAUACAACCCUCCCCGCCCCGUGUCACGGUUAAGGUAACGAUUAGGUACUACGAAAUAAUGUCGAGACUGGGAGAGAAAUCCCAAGGGUUAUUCAUAGUAAGUAAUUCACCAAAUAAUAUUAUAAAUGAAUGAAUAAAUGUAUGUUAACGCAAUGUCAUUGUGAAUUACCUAGCCAGUAAGUUUACAAUAUAAAGAGGAGUAUGUUAGCCAUAUUGCUAAAGCAUAUUAUUGUUAAGGUUCAUGAAACAUCUCAAGUCUACAUACAAUAGUUCCUUUGUCAUGUGUCAUUUAUAAUCAUACGAGUAACGCAGAAAAUAAAAAGAUAUUCAUAAAAAUAUUGUAUAAAAUAAUGUACCGAUUAAUUAUUUGCUAUCUCAAAUAUGAUUUUUCUUGAAUAAACAUUUACAUACGAGA